CUGCCUUUGCAAUCGACGGCUUCUCCGCGACGCACAACACUCGAACCAUGACUUUGACGUGUCGUGGAGUCCAUGGAGCGAGUAGAGAGAGAGAUAUAGCAAGUCGAAGCUGUGGCCGUCAUGUGAAGACGCGUCGACUAGGAAAAGCGCGUAUGAGGAUGCACGGACCCCGGCUAGGCAACCCGAUUGUGGACAACGACUCGUGAGGUCAUCGUCAUCGUUUGCGUCUCAAGUGCUCUCUAGCAAACUUUAUAGCAAACAGUCCCUCCACCUUCUGGAGAGUACUAGAGUACCUCCUUUCCAUCAUCACCUACUCCACGAUGCCCGACCCCCGCACCUACCUCGACAUGGCCCUCCCACUCGUGAAGACGAUUGAAGAGUGCGCCGACUACAGCAAAACCGUGCAGCCGUUCCUGCCGCAGCUCUACGACCUCCCUUACAAGAUCGCUGCGCACAUAACCGACUCUCGGGCGCUGCAGAAUAUCUAUGCCACGACGAACCCGCUGAUGACGGCGCUAGCCUUUGCGCUGUUUGUUACGCCCGUUGUGCUCACCGUGUCCGAGCUCAAUCGCAACUAUUCACAAGUCGACCGCCUCUGGAGUAUCCUGCCUGUCAUCUACAAUGUACACUAUGGCGUGUGGGCGCAUAUCAAUGGGCUGCCCACGGUACGCCUGAACCAUGUUCUGGCAGUAUCCGUCAUCUGGGGUACACGUUUGACAUUCAACUACUGGCGGAAGGGCGGAUACCAGGUAGGAAGCGAGGACUACAGAUGGGUCACUGUAAAGAACUACGUUGGGGGGCCAGGAAUGUUCAUUUUUAACGCGACUUUUAUAUCGCUUGGCCAGAAUAUCCUCCUCUGGCUCAUCACCACCCCAACAUACAUCCUCCUCCUCUCGUCCCGUAUCUCCGGGAACGAGACGUCCUCGUAUGAUACCCUCUUUGGCCGAGCCAUGCUCUUCCUCGUCGUUAUCGAAUUCUUCGCCGACCAACAGCAAUGGAAUUACCACAAUGCCAAGGGCGUCUACCAAAAGUCUGCCAAGGUCCCAUCUGAGCACAAGUUCACCCGCGAGCAGCUCGACCGUGGCUUCAACACUUCUGGCCUCUGGGGCUGGUCGCGUCAUCCCAACUUUGCCGCUGAGCAGGCGUUCUGGGUGUGCUUGUAUCAGUGGGGAUGUAUGCAGAGCUUGACGUACGUUAAUUGGACUGGUGCAGGUGCUUUUGGAUACCUCAUCCUCUUCCAGGGCAGCACUUGGUUAACUGAACUGUUGAGUGCUGGGAAGUACCCCGAGUACAAAGUCUACCAGGAGCGGGUUGGCAAAUUCUUGCCCAAGGCUGGCUCGAAGACCAUGGAAGCACCGCAGACCGGAAAAGAGAAGAAGAAGGUGCAGGAAGCCAAGGCGGGCAAGGGUGCGAAGAAGCGCUGAAGCAUGAUCUGGUCAGUUAGUAGUGCAUACAACAGCGACCCUGAAAGAAUGGACGAUGGGACGAUAGAAGGCAUCGAGGCAGUAUGAGGGGGUUAUUUAAGUUUCAGACAACGUCCAGGUCUGCAUAAAUCGUAAAUCUACAUUAAUCUAGUAAAACAACAUAAAACGCGAACCAACUCCAUCAAUUAUCCUUGAUCCAACCACCCUUUGCCAUUUCCUUCCUUGUCCAAUCCUCUAAUUUUUCCGCAAGCUUCUCGUCCUUCGCCAUCCCACUUUGCCACCCGUUCGGAUCCGCAAUCCGCUGAAAGUACUUCCC